UGUAUUAGUUUUCACAUUACCUCCUAAAUAUUGGAUUUUCAAACCCCAUCAAAUUCACCCCGCCCAAUCUUCCCUUUUCCUAAACCCUCAAAUUCUCAAAUCUUCCCUCUUCCUAAGAAUUCACAAAUUCUGUAACUCACUCACACCCUUUCUUCCCUUCUGACCAAACCAAUUUCUAGGGUUUUUAUGUUGUUUAUGAAUCGUGGGUACCUUGGCCGGCUAAUCGGAGACGAAUGUACCACCACCGCCGGUGAAGUUGGCUGACUCUCUCUCUCUCUCUCAUGUGUAGUUUGGCCAUGUCGGAUUUGACUCAUUUGUGAGAUUGGAUGGUUACAAGAGAAUCCCAACCCCAAGCUUCCAAUUUCACAUUGUUUUCUUCUCACAUUCCUCCAUCAGGAUGGAUGCAGACUCUCCUUUUGAGUAAGUUUUGAUGAACCUAUUGCAACCGUUGAUUUCAUCACACUUCACAUGCCUCUCACUCCUGCUACAUCAAAGAUAUUGAAUGAUGGAAACUUUGAAAAGAUGAAAAAAAGGUGUUAGAAUAGUAAACGUUGCUGGUGGCGGAGUGAUAGAUGAAGAUGCUUUGGUUAGAUCAUUAGAUGCUGGCAUUGUAGCACAGGAUUGGAAAUUGAGAAAAGAUGGAACAAAGAAGUGCGUUUGUGUUGGCGUUGAGUGUGGGAAUAGGAAUAGGAGUUGAGCAGCUGUGGUGAUUCGUUGGCAAACCAGAUCACGCCACAGAUAAUGGAGCAUGAAAUGAAAAGUAUGAUUAUUGAUGGUAAAGACAACAAGGUCACUUUCUAUGAAUUUCCAUAUUAUCUAAGAAAUAUCGAUUUUGCUAAGCACACACGAAACCUUGAUCCUGCAAGCCGAACUAUAUUGUUAUCAGGGCCUGCUGGUUAGUUGUUUAGUGUUCUGAAUGUUUUGGAACAAGGUAUGAAUUAUGAUACCCUUAGCUAUUGAUUGAAAUAUUUUGCAUCCUGAAUGUUGGUGGUUGUGUUCUAUUUUGUCAUUUUAAAUUGCAGAGGGCCUGAAGCUAUCCAGAAUCCCCUAAACCUGAGGAAAAAUGCAUCUACGGCAGCUAAUAUGACCGAGCUUGCUUCAAGCUAUACUCCUGUAAAUCCAGCUCCACUUAGACGCACAAGCAGCUGGUCUUUUGAUGAAAAGCUUUUUGUACAGAACCUAUACAAGGCCGCACUUGAUGUAGUCACUGUAGAACCUCCACUGAAGGAUAGCAAGUUGGUAAAUCAUGAAAAUGUCACUGUCACUCCUCAUCCUGGUGCUAGCACCACAGAAGCUCAGAGGUGGCAAGAUGGGUGGAUUGGCCAGGUUGGGUAAUGGAUCAAAAUGGGUUUAGGUCGAAUCGGGUCAUUUUGAGUAUGGAUCAACACGACUUGUACGGGUCAAAUGUGUUUAGCAGAGGCAAUCAGGCAAACUAGAUUGUGAGGCAGCUUGCAAGAAUAACUGCUCAUGCACCGCCUAUGCAAAUCCAAACAUCGCUGCAGGUAGAGUUGGGUGCUUGCUAUGGUUUGGGGGUUUGAUUGAUGUCCGAGUGUACCCACAAAAUUGGCAAGAUCUUUAUGUUAGACUUGCCGCCUCAGAAUUAUCAGGUAAAACAAUAACAUUACCAAAUUAAUGCAUUUCAUGUUUGAAUCUGUUAAACAUGUAAAUCUUCUGGACCUCCAUUCCAGCUUCGAUGGAAAGAAACGGCUAGUUAUGCAGACAAAACAUGAUGAACUACAUGAAGUUGUUUCGCAAAGGAGUUUUGAUUAGCUGAGACAAAAAAGACCAGCUAAGGGCCGAAAUGAAAGUGGGGAGACUCUUUUAGAGAAUGAGAGGAGGUUAUGUUGUUGCAAGUGUUGCUAGGAGUGAUGCAGGCUGAGACCAAAGUGUUCUUGUUGCAAGUGCUGCAGGUUAUGUUGCAGUUGUUACAUCAUUUGUAGAUAACUUUUGAUUGGUAGUUUAUGUAUUUAGUUUUAGUAGAUAACUUUGCAUUAGUAGUUUAUGUAUUUAGUAUUAAAAUUGAAAACUUAUGUAUGAAUUUUGGUUUAUUAUUGUUAAUAUCAAUAAUUUGGUUUUUA